AUGAGCUCAGUAAAGGUUAACUACAAGGUCCCUGUGGCAUGGCUCUACAUUUGGGACCAGAAUGAGGCGGGGGCGGUUAUGCCGAGAGAAGACCUCGCGUGGUUCGAGGCAAACGCGCCAGCGUGCCCAGAGCAGUAUUUCACCGACCUCGGUUUUCUAUUGAGGACUUGCCUACCCUUGCUCAAUUUGAACGUGUUUGCAAGACAGCCAGACAUGCUGCAGCUGGCCCUGACGGGCGCGAUCAACGCCAAGUUGGCCCUUUGGAAGCGCGCUGAUGGCACCCUUCAUGUCAGGUGGGCGCAGACGGACCCCGUGGAGUUCCGGCGGGCCACCGAGAACUCGGGCCGCCUCGGGGCUGUGGAGCGCGUCGGCGCGCUUGUGUCGGGGUGCCAGCGCGUGCUGGACCUCGGGUGCGGCCCGGGGCUGCUGGCGAGGGAGUCUGGCCGGCGCGACAUCGUCGGGGUCGACAUGUCUCCCAAGAUGGUCGGCGCGGCCCGCGCGUGGAUGGACCUCGUGCUGCAGGAGAACCUCCUGGAGCAUUACCCGUCCGAGCCCGUGGACGCCGUGGUCCUGUGCAACGUCCUCGAGCCCUACCCGCCCGAGGUCCGCCGGCUGCUCCUGGGCCACGCGCUCGAGUCCCUGCGCCCGGGGGGCAUGGUCGUGGUGGUCGUGGCCGCGCGAGGCCAGGCGGCAAAAACGGUCAUGUGCAACGCAUGUGCAGCUGGCGCCCUGCCAGGGGGGGGCACCCUCGGCUCCGGGGGCGACGGCGGGCUGGACAUCGUGUUCCCGACUGUCCCCUGCGGCGCGGCCAGCCCCGAGGACAUCGAGGACGACCUGCAGCUCGUGGGCCUGGAGCUCGCCUGCGCCGAGCUCGUCGACACCAGGCCCGCGCCGGACAGGCCGGGGACGGCCAGUGCCGCGGGCCCCUCCGAGGAGGCGCCCAAGGCAGACCGGAGGUCCUACGCCAUCGUGGUCGGCCGCCGGGCGGGCUGACCUCGGCGCUGCGGGCGUCCCAACUUGGUCAAGCAGUGGCGAAACGUCCCGGCGUGAGUGCCGGGGCGGUCGGCCCCUGCCACGCCUCCUCCUCCUUCGCGGGCGAGCCGCAGGCGCCCCAGGGGGCGCGAGGCGUCGGCGGGGCCGCGCGCGGCCCGCGGGCGACAGGCCCGCGCGGCGCACGAGCGGGCAGCGCGCACGCGCGGGAGAGAGGACGGCGGCCGAGCGCAGCGGAGGGCCGAGCGAGGCCAGCGGCAGCCAUGGCUGCCCGGGAGCCGCCAGCCCCUCCAUCGGAGGGUCCGCCGUCGCCCGUCGCCGCCAGCAGUGCAGCAGUAUCGGGAC